CUUCGAAAUCUCACCAUCUCUGCCCCAAGAUAGAUAAAUGGCUGGCCUUGUGGGUAAAACUCUUGCUUACACCUGAAUACGUCCAAAUUCAGACCCUCAAUCGACUUUAGCUUUUCUGCCUGCCUAUAUUUUGGAACAAAGUUAUUGAGUGAUGCACCAUGGAAGACUGUCUCCAUACAUCUUCCGAAAACCUUUCCAAGCUGGUCAGUUGGGCCCACAGUCAUGGUACCAUUUGCAGCCUCAUUCCAAAUUUAAAACACCUACUUUCAGAGGGUUCCCAUGGCAACCUGACAGCUAUGUGGGGCUGCAGUGCAGGCCAUGCCUAUCACUGGCCGCUGACAGCUACUUGUAGGGCUGGCUCACAGGAAAGAGUUUGUUUCCAGGAUAACAGAAGUUUCAACUCUGAUAGCCCCAGCAUAAUCGGCAUGCCUUCAGACCCACAAGCCAGCCCAGUGGAACGCUAUCCGGGGAGGUCAGGAAAAGCAAAGUUGGACUGUAACAGAACCAGAGAUUCCUGUGAUUUCUCCUACUGUAGUGAACCUUCUGAAUUGGACGAAACAGUGGAGGAAUAUGAAGAUGAAUCUAAUCUUUUUGACAUGGUCUGUGAGUCCUCGGUGACCGACGAAGAUAGUGAUUUUGAACCUCAUCGUCAAAGGUCUCAGAUAAAUUCCCUUAAAAGGCCCGGCCCGUCUUCUUCACUGCAUUUGGACUCUCAGUCUCAGGUCAUUGAUGGAAGCAGCAAUGAUGUUGUUUUAACCAAAAAAAUAAAGCAAGAACUCCCCGAGGAUUAUUAUAUUGUGGCUAAUGCCGAAAUCACCGGUGGCAUUGAUGGCCCUGCAUUGUCCUUGACACACAUGUCAAAACCUAAAGGUGGAACCUCCUAUCCUGUGGCAUCUAAGUUAAGUUCUCAAUCCUCUCCUUCCCUCAGUGCUGACUUUGAUUUACAGAAUGUUUCAGCCUCUUCACAAGUUACAUCCAGGCCAGUGACCCAGAAACCUCCCAAACUCAAUCUGCCAUCCUCAAGCAGAAGGCCUGGUAACAUCUCGACCGCAAAUCCUCAGGUGGCCCUCCAGGUGCCUGCCAGCACUUCUAAUUCUGGCAAACCUAUCAGCAUUCCUUUAUCAGCCUUGCAGCUUCCUGGGCAAGAAGAGCUGUCGGCCUCAGAAGAUCUCCUCCAACCUGGCCCAAAUCAAAUUUCCAGUGAUGUAGCAUUGUCUCCUUCUGUUAGCACAGAGCCGGAAGUUAGCUCUAGCCAGCAGCAGCCGAGCACUGCUCCCAGCAUAGUCACUGAGCCGGUGGCACAGACAAUAGCAGACCAAGAUGAGAGAGCUGCCGAACUUAGUAGAGAGCAAAAUGAGAAAACUAUUCGCAGUACCCAGACAGCUCUCAGAAACUUCAGAGAGUUUCUCAUCUCUAAGUAUCCUUCAGAAACCAGAGAGAUCUACAUUAUUCCUUGCAAAGAAUUAGAUGCUUACCUAGCAUCCUUUUUUGUUGAUGCUCGGCAGAAGGAUGGUUCAGAAUAUGAGCCAAACAGCUUGGCCAACUACCAGUGUGGGCUGGAGCGGUAUCUCAAAGAGCAUCGAUACGGAUACAGCAUCACCCGAGACAAGGAAUUCAAGAGGUCUCAAGAAGCACUGAAGCAGAAGCAGAUGGAACUGAGGUGCAAAGGAAAAGGCAACAAGCCCCACAAAUCAAUGAAGCUUACUUUUGCCGAUGAGCUGAUUCUCCGCAAAAGAGGCCUGCUAAGCCGAUAUAAUCCUGAGGGUUUGCUGAAUCUUGUCUGGCUCAACAACACAAAGGCCUUUGGCCAUUGUACUGGCUUCCAUGGGUCGACUCUCAAAUGGGGGGACAUUAGACUUCGGGUGACAGAGACCGGCUUAGAAUACUUGGAAUGGAUGGGCCAAGAUGGCAGUGACGGGAAUGCCAAGAUUAAGAGGACAGGCACAGAUUCCAGAGUGUACGCAACUCAGCACGCACCGCAGACUUGCCCCGUGCAAGAUUACAAGGAAUACGCGCAAAGGCGACCCCCCGCGAUGCGGUACGAGGAUGCCCCUUUCUACUUAUCCAUUAAGCCAGUUGUUAAUCUAGCUGCGUUACACUGGUACAAUUGUCAGGCCCUAGGUAAGAACAAACUAGCCAAGAUGGUCAAGACUAUGUGUGAGAAAGGGAAUAUUCCUGGGAGGAAGACCAACUUCAGUGUGUACCAGAGCUGCAGCACCCUCUCGGAAGCCCAGAGUAACCAGCUGGUGCUUAUCUGCAACAACCUAAGCCAACAGGCGGCUCAGUCUGUAGCAAGCCAUUCUAGCACUGGCAACUUCAUAAUGUCUGCAUCUUAUGACUCUUCUUCAGAUACAACUUGAAAGGACGCUCAGCGACUCAGAGACCAUGAGGUGCUUGAAACUUUGAUGUUCGGUAACAUGCAUUGUCUGUGAUUCUACAAUUCUCAUCAGAAUCCCCUUUCUCCAGUGUCAAAUCCCGUUAUCGAAACAUUUAUAUAUACAUACAUAUCUAAAUAUAUAUUUUUCUUUUUAUGAAUAUGUGAAUAGAAAUAGCGUAGCCUAAUUUAUAUAGUAUUUCUUAAUGCUGAUGGUGAAAAAAGAGGCAUAUUUAUGGGGUGCUAAUUUAAUGGCUGAUUAUAAAACUGGAAAAUUAUUUUCAGGCCAUCCCUAAUUUUAGCAUUACCCACAUUUUAAACUUUAAGUCAGUGUGAAAUUUGAUUAACUGUCACUUCUUUCCGAAGCAAGAUGCAAAUUAUAAUGUAAGACAAUCUUGACCAUUCUUUAUUUAAAAGCCCAUAUGACCAAAUAGAUAUGGAGAUAAUUUAAAGUUGAUAUGUUCGGUGAAGUUCUUUGAAGGCAUCAUGAAUAAGGGCAAAUGUUUGGAAUUGCCUGUAUACCAUUCAGCAAAGCUUUCAUUGUUUUUGAAAAGUGCCCCAUCUUCAUUUUGAAAAGUAGAAUCAUCCUCAAAUUCUCAAGCCUUUUACAAGUGUGGCAUAAAUUUGGUAUGUGAGAGAAUGAAGGCAGGAAUAUUUUUCUACUUUGUUUAGUUCUUUUUGUAGUUCAGCUAGAUUUUUUUUAAAAAAAAUUGUGUUGAUGAGGCUAUGGAGAAGGAAAAGAAUAAAAAAAGGAUUGCUAUUUAUUGCAGUGUUUUCUGUUUACGGUUUAGGUCCCUAAAUGUCAGUUAUGGCAGCUAAGGAAAAAAAAAAACUAUUUUCUAACAAAAUAGUUGUUUAAAAAUAAAAGUACUAUUAAUAUGCAAAAGAAAUAUCAUGGCAAAAAGGAAGUGUUAAUUCUGGAAGGCUUGUCUUUUAGUACUUUCUGUCUAGCUGCUUCAUUUCCGUGGGUUUUAAACAUGUUUUUGAACAUUGGACUACAUUUUAAUUUGCUGCAUUGAAUAACUACAAUCCAAAAUAGACUGGCUGAUUUAAAAUUGCUUAACUCUACUGGAUUGUGACCCCUCCACAAUGAUGGAGCUCCACAAUUGGGAUAGCUACACAAUUAAUUAGCAAUAACUGCAACACCCAUACUCCAUGAGUACAUUGUGUAAUUGUGGAUUGCAUGGCAAGGUAGCUGUGCAGGAGAAUGGGUAAGAAAUUGCAGACCAGCUGUUUCAAUGCUCUCUAACUCAAAGGAAGGAAAAACCUGGAAGAUCAAUAGUUGCACUAAUGGGCAUGGACUGCAAAAAUCCAGAUGAUUACUAGAUGGCAGCAAAAAGAAAAAUUAGAAUAGAUGCAUCUUCGAUGCAAAAUAAAAGAAACAGCUUGUCUAUGCCUUUUUUUUUCUUUCAAAAAGAAGGCUAUAGAAAUACCCCUACAUUGUCAGGGUUCCACAGUGGGUCACCGUGAUACAUUUCUUGAUAGAGGCAAGAGAAAAGCACUUACUGAUUUGUUUAUAAAAAUAUGGACUUGUGCUAUAAUCGUAUCAGAGAAUUGGGGCAAUACUUUAAAGCCAAGGAGCAGGUAAAGCUCUUGUAGAUUUCCUCUCAACCCAUCCAUUUUGGGCAUUAAAGUAGAAGAAGAGUUGCGGAUAUUAUUAAACACUUGAUUAGUGGGUUGCUGGGAAGUGGCAUUUGCUGUCCAUUUUAUGCAAUAAAAUAUGUUAAACAGGUCCUGGGGACAAGUGAAUGUCAUCUGUUCACUCUUCAUAAGAGAAUCAUGUAGUUAAAUUCAAAGCGUUGCUUUAGCUUAUAAAAACUGGGAGGAUGUGUCUUGUUCUGUCUAUGAAUUUUCUUUCACGGUGAUAAACAAAUCUUAUUUCAAAUUAUGCAUUCCUAAUUUCUGCUAGCAUUUAUCUGACAAGAAAUGAAUCUUCCUGUAGCAGCUCCUUCCUUGCAUACUAACCUUCCCUUUCCUCUCCUGUAAAGUAAUUACUUAUUCACAGCAAUUUGUACUUGUCUUCAGCCAGAAAGGCAUCUAAAGUGACUUACAUAUUAUUAAUUUUAAAAUGGCAUCAUCCCCAUUAAAUUACAUAAAUCAGACAAAAGUGAUGGGAAUAAAAGAAAAGGAGCUAACUUAGCUUCGGAUCUCUUGAAGUUAGCUGGAGAAGAUGGAGCCAUUCCAGCAGCUGUGCCACAAGUUUGAUUCUGUCAAGUUUUUCUUCUCCCUGAAUUGUUUUCAUUCCUGUUGACCAUUGUAGUUUAAUGGUCAUGCUUGCUGAUGAUUGAAUAACUAGCCAGAAUGAAAAGUACAUGGAAGGAAGAGGAAGCUGAUGGAAUUGGUC